AUGAAAUCGAUUAAAUUCACAUUCAAAUUAAUCAAAAAUAAUCGUAAUAAUAAUAAUGAUAAUAAUAUUAGACGAUUACACGAGAUUUGUAUUAAAAAAAAAAGAAAUAUUUCUUCGUCCGCGAACCGCCGCGAAAAUGAAAAAAACGUUGAAUAUGAAGAAGCAAAACCUUACAGUGAAAUUCCAGGACCGAAACCGUUACCUAUACCUUACAUUGGAAAUUUAUGGAGAUUAUUACCCUUCGCCAGGUAUGGGAAAGCGGGUUUUUUAGACAUGCACGAUUUACUUUACGAAGAUUAUGGACCCAUAGUUAAAUUCGACGGACUCGGAACUAUAAGUCAAGUUUAUUUAUUCGAUCCGGAAAGCGUGGAAAAAAUGUAUAGAAACGAAUCGAUAUGGCCGAUAAGAAUGGGUUUACCAUCAAUUCAAUACUAUAGAGAAGUUGUAAGAAAAGAUUUUUAUCAGGGGAUUGCAGGUUUGAUAACGAGCAAUGGCGAAGAAUGGUACAAAUUUAGAAAAGCGACAAAUCAAGUCAUGAUGCAACCUAAAAAUGUUAAAUUAUAUUUAAAUUCUGUCGUUGACGUCGUCGAUGAUUUCAUAGAAAGAAUUCGUUACAUACGUUUACCAAAUGACGAAAUGCCGGAUAAUUUUUUAGACGAAAUAAAUAAAAUGUCACUGGAAGCGUUCACAUUCAUAACUUUAGACACGAGAUUAGGUUGUCUUAAAAACAAUUUAAAUCCAAAUUCCGAACCUGAUAAAAUGAUUACGUCAGUACGAAACAUAAUCAAUUUAAUUUUUCAAUUGGAUUUUAAACCUUCUCUAUGGCGUUUGUACCCGACAAAGGAUUGGAAAAAAUUUGUACAAUCUAUGAAUUAUUGUUUAGAAUUUUCAUUAAAACACAUAAACGCUAAAUGGGAAAAGAUAAAAAAAGGUGAUGAAGAAACGAGUCGAAGCAUUUUAGAAAGUCUUUUACAUCAGACAAAAGAUCCUAAAAUUCCAUUAAUUAUGGCUGCUGACACGCUUCUUGCCGGUAUCGAUACGACGUCAAACACUUUGAGCACGAUACUUUACUACCUUUCGCAAAAUAUGAAAAAACAAGAGAAAUUAUUCGAUGAAUUAAAAAUUUUACUACCGGAAAAAAAUAGUCCGUUCACCGAAGACGUUUUAAAUAAUUUAAAAUACGCCAGAGCCGUGAUUAAAGAGAGCGAAAGAUUGAAUCCGACGUCGAGUGGUAAUCAAAGAGUAUCGACAAAAGACAUGGUUUUAAAUAAUUAUCAAAUUCCAAAAGGGACGAGUUUAUUCGUGUGCAAUUCGGUCAUGUGCAAAAUGGAUAAAUAUUUCAAAGAUCCCCACGAUUUCAUACCGGAAAGAUGGUUGAAAUCAACCGGAAAUCGUAAAGCAGACGACGUCGACGACGGCGGCGGUAACAACGAAUAUAAAAAAACACAUCAUCCUUUUGUUUAUCUACCCUUCGGAUUCGGACAAAGGAGUUGCAUCGGUAAAAGAUUUGCUUAUUUGGAAUUAGAAGUUGCUGUGGCGAAGCUGGUGAGAAAUUUUAAAAUCGGUUACGAUCACGAACCAAUGACGUGGGUUACGAGACUCGUUAAAGUACCAACAAAACCGUUAAAAUUUAAAAUGACCGAAAGAACGGAAUAA